UAUUGUACCUGUUUCCGGGGGAAAGGCCACAGGUCUCCUCAUUUUAUAUGCAUAGUCUAGAAGAGGGUCAAGUUUUGGAACUCAGAAGCUGUUUUUAUUGUGGAGUUGGUAAUGAGAGACGGCAUGAUUUUUCUGUCUCAGAGCCUUGGGAGAGGCUGCAGAAAGAAGGCUGAAUGGGCAUCUCCUGAGCUGCUGACUUAUACUGUCCCCUGCUGGGUAUGAGGCCCUUGGAGAUAAAGGCUCAUGGUUCUGACUUCGUAUUUAUGUCACCUCCAAACUAGAGAUGGCACAGUGUGCAAGGGUAUGAUGGCUUUUCUUCUUCUCUGCAGGUACUUGUGGUCCACACGACCUUCAUGUGGAAAGUAGAACGUGUGUGUGGCAAAGAAGGGGCUCUUUUGUGGGCCACAGAAUCAAGCACUGUUUGAGUGUGGACACAUUGCUCUGUGCUCUGAUCCUCUAGUAUUGACCAUGUCCAUGCCCACUGAGGGCACCCCACCGCCCCUAAGUGGUACCCCCAUCCCAGUUCCAGCCUACUUCCGACAUGCAGAACCUGGUUUCUCCCUCAAAAGACCUGGGGGCCUCAGCCGGAGCCUUCCACCUCGGCCCCCUGCCAAGGGCAGCAUCCCUAUCAGCCGUCUCUUCCCUCCUCGGACCCCAGGCUGGCACCAGCCCCAGCCCCGGAGGGUGUCAUUCCUGAGUGAGACCUCAGAGACCCUUCAGAGUCCUGGGUAUGACCCACGCCGGCCAGAAUCCUUCUUUCAACAGAACUUCCAGAGGCUUAGCCGCCUAGGUCGUGGCUCCUAUGGAGAGGUCUUCAAGGUACGCUCCAAAGAAGAUGGCCGACUCUAUGCUGUUAAACGCUCCUUGUCUCCAUUCCGAGGCCCCAAAGACCGAACUCGCAAGCUGGCUGAGGUAGGCGGCCAUGAGAAGGUGGGGCAGCACCCACACUGUGUGAGACUGGAACAGGCCUGGGAGGAGGGCGGCAUCUUAUACCUACAAACGGAGCUCUGUGGGCCCAGCCUGCAGCAACACUGUGAAGCCUGGGGGGCCAGCCUGCCAGAAGCCCAGGUUUGGGGCUACUUGCGGGACACUCUUCUGGCUCUGGAUCAUCUCCAUAGUCAAGGCCUAGUUCACCUUGAUGUCAAGCCUGCCAACAUCUUCUUGGGGCCCCGGGGCCGCUGCAAGCUGGGUGACUUUGGACUACUGGUGGAUUUGGGUUCAACUGGCGCUGGUGAGGCCCAGGAGGGAGACCCGCGCUACAUGGCCCCAGAACUGCUGCAGGGCUCCUACGGGACAGCCGCAGAUGUGUUCAGCCUGGGUCUCACCAUCUUGGAAGUGGCCUGCAACAUGGAACUACCUCAUAGUGGGGAGGGCUGGCAGCAGCUGCGCCAGGGAUACUUGCCCCCUGAGUUCACUGCUGGUCUGUCUUCUGAGCUUCGUUCUGUCCUCACCAUGAUGUUGGAGCCUAACCCCCAGCUGCGAGCCACAGCUGAGGUCCUGCUGGCCCUGCCCAUGCUGAGGCAGCCACGUCCCUGGAAUGUUCUGUGGUAUAUGGCUGCAGAAGCCCUAAGUCGAGGUUGGGCCCUGUUACAGGCACUGAUCACUCUGCUCUGCUGGUUUUGGCAUGGUCUGGCUCAUCCUGCCAGCUGGCUGCAGCCUCCAGGCCCACCGGCCACACCACCUGGCUCUCCACCUUGCAGCCCACUCCUGGACAGCAGCAUCUCCAGCUGGGAUGAUAACAGCAUAGGGUGGGUGAGAGUCUAGGGCACUGGGGUAGAGGGUGUGUGUAUGUACAUCACUGUGGUCAAUGCUACAUGGAAGGCGUCCCAGGCCCCCUGGAAAGGAGGAUGGAUGGGCCUCUGUCACACCCAAAGGACAAAGACUGGCUGUGUGGAUGUGGGCAACUGUGACAUUCAGCACAGCUUUAUACCAGUUAUUAGCACAGGAUUGCAGUCCUGACCUCUGUAGAGGCUCCCCCUGUUCAGGAACAAAGUGCUGUCCUCCCCUGGGUGGAUACUUCCCAGAACCUGGUAAGUCCUGUCCUGAGAGGAUCCCUUUGUCCCAGGUGUCUGCUAGCCAAGGGAAAGGGUGUAAUUAGAAACUGCUACAAAGAAGCAGCAUACACUCUCAGGAUCCCUCUUUAUAGUGCCAUUUCCCUCACUUGGA